AUGCUAGAACCAGAGACCCGGGAAACAUUUGUGAGAGCCUUACUCCAAAACCGCACUUCCACUCCGAUUUUACCAAGUUACAGAAUAAACGUAAAGAUUUUUCUACAGAAGCCUCCCCCAAAGGGGCUGGGGAGCGUCCAGAGCUUUGUUUGGGGGACGCCCCGCGCCCCCUUCCCGGCUCAGGGUCCCCGCCUGUCACUUUUGGGACCUUCGCUGGGAGAGGAAGGGGGACACGGAGAAAGGACAAAGUAUCUCCUGGCGCCUCCUCCAGCGCCCGAGCCCCCUCCGUCCGUGCGUCCCGGGCGCUCUGGGUCCGGCUCCCCAGUGCACGCACCUCCCCGGGAGGGAGUCUGCAACCCCGGCGCCCGCCCGCUCCCUCUCCCCUCCCGGGCCCGGCCCGCGAUCCGGGCUUUAAUACCCGCUCCGGGCCGUGCCUGCGGCGGCGGCGGCGACAGCUGGGGCCGGGGCCGUCCCCUCGUCCUCGGUGGCCCGCGCCGGGCCGCCCCCGGGGCCCCCGGGACAGAAAGAAACAAACGCCGAGCCUCCGCGGCGCCCCCUUCCCGCCCGGCCCCGCCGCGCCGUCUCGGGCCGGAGACACGCGUGUGCGCGAGUCCGACUCCUCCACACGCAGAGCCCCCGGAGCGCGGGCAGCCCCCGGGCGGACACCAGCGGCGUCCAACGCCAAGCUCGGGAGGAAGGAGCUCCCCCGCCCAGAGCGCGAGCCCACGAGACGGGGAGACGCCACAAUUACCGUCAAGACCAAUCCACACCCGCUCUGUCCUCCCGCCCGACUCGGGAGGCCGCGGGACGCCGCGGCGGCACUAG